UACCAGGUGGGUCAGCUGUACUCCGUAGCCGAGGCCAGUAAGAACGAGACAGGGGGAGGAGAGGGAGUGGAGGUGUUGAAGAAUGAACCAUACGAGAAGGAUGGGGAGAAGGGACAGUACACGCACAAGAUAUACCACCUGCAGAGUAAGGUUCCAUCGUUCGUCAGAAUGCUAGCUCCAGCAUCGGCCCUUAACAUCCAUGAGAAGGCCUGGAACGCAUACCCAUACUGUCGCACAGUUAUCACUAAUGAGUACAUGAAAGAUAACUUCCUGAUCAAGAUUGAGACGUGGCACAAAACUGACCUUGGACACCAGGAAAACGUCCAUGGUCUGGAUGCAGACACCUGGAAGAAGGUGGAUGUUGUUCACAUCGACAUCGCAGACCGCAGCCAGGUGGAUAGCAAGGUAAACAGUCAGAGACACCACAGCCAGGUGGAUAGCAAG